AUAGUCAAAGCCAACAACCGGGAUCUCACCUACAUUCUUCUGGUCUCUCUCCUGCUUUCCUUUUUGACCUCCCUUCUAUUCAUUGGUCAGCCCCAGAAAGUGACUUGUCUUCUUCAACAAAUCACCUUCAGUGUGGUUUUCUCAGUUGCCGUGUCUUCCUUGCUAGCCAAGACAAUCAUGGUGGUGGUGGCCUUUUUGGCCACAAAACCAGGCAGCAGGAUGAGGAAAUGUUUGGGGAAAAGUCUGGCCAACUCCAUUGUCUUGUCCUGCUCUGGGAUUCAGGUGGGCAUCUGCCUUACAUGGUUGGGAAUCUCUCCCCCAUUUCCACACUCUGACCUGCAUUCCCAACCAGGACAGAUCAUCCUGCAGUGUAAUGAAGGCUCAGUUAUCAUGUUCUACACUGCCCUUGGCUACAUGGGCUUUCUGGCUUCCAUCUGCUUCAUAGUGGCUUUUCUCGCCAGAAGACUCCCAGGGACUUUCAAUGAAGCCAAGUGGAUCACCUUCAGCAUGCUG